AUGCCUUCAGCGACUGUCAACUCCCGCAACAUAGCUGACAGUACAUUCCUUACAAAGGCCACCUCAGGUCGAUGCCUCUCGAUACAAGCCAAGGCGAGUGUUUCGGCAAGCGAAAGUCGUCUGGACAGCAAAAUUUCAUACAAGAAGGGUCAAGAAGACACUGUCUCGACUGGCAGUGAAGGUGGUGUGCGAAUCUCGGGAAGUGACCCAUCGCCGCAGAUGAUAGCCAGUCCAAUAUUAGCAGUUCCAGCAGCAACUCUAGAGAGAUUCCGGGUUACUGCUCUCGAAGCUUUGCCUAUGGAGUGGGCGGAGUCUGCCAGCUACAGUGCGGAGUCAGACGAGGAGGACAACACCAUCGAAGCAUACACAACGCUUGAAGAGACUUCACCUCCACAGAUAGGGCCGAGUAGUUUGAGGAGAGAGCAACCACCUUCGUCCUCGUCAAGUGGCAAAACCUCCACGGGUGCACAUCGGCAUCCAUCCCCUCCAUAUCUCAAACCCACUCACGAAAAUAGGUCAAGCAUCAGUGUCCAAGAAGCAUGGGCUCCCUUCACGAACAUCAAAUUUGGUCUAUCAUCACCACCUGCGCACCACCCAGGCCUUGACGAGGCUCGAAUGAUGACUGCUGAAUACGAUCGGGCAUUUGAAGCAUACACACAACGGUAUCUGCCUCAACUCUCAACUGAUGGCUUAGACAUUUUGCGAAUGCUCAGCCUUCAUCACUCUCAGCAGUACCGGCCACCUCGCCCAGACAGGCAUGUCCCAGAUAACCAUCCUCGCCCAGCGACAUCCAUACCACGCCAAUGCAUUCCUUACAGAGGUCUGCGCACUUCGAGGGAUCGGUGGCAUGAACUCACGCUUCCUUUUCAUCUCACCAGGAUUGACGAUGCAGGUCAUUCUCAACGGCUUGUGGUCUUCGAUGUGGACAAUUUCUUCAUCUACGCUUUUGCUCUAAGCGAUGAAGUGUCACCUCUGCGUGAGGAUCUUGCCCCUGACUAUCCUUGUGACCAUGGGUACUGCCCUGGAAAUAGUGACGAAUGUGAGACCGGAGAGUAUAACCCUAGUGAUCAGGCAUUUGCCUCAGGCGGUUUACAUCCUUUGGAUCAUCAUCAGAUCCCUCCUUUCACUGGGGAAGAAGUACCUGUAUCGGAUAAUAUAGAUCCGAUGCUUUAUCAGGUCUGCUGCUCAGAGUGUCAAGGGAGAGGCUGGUUGAAGGGCAAAAAGGCCAAAAGAAAUAUAAACAGGGCAGCGGCUCGACGCCGGUGA